AUGUUUGUUGCUCCCCAGGUGAACGCGAACGAACUCUUUUACUUGGCGUGUCAAGCUGGCGACGUGCCGGUUGUGCGGUCUCACUUGGACCGGGCAACAAGUGGAGCUCUCGACGUGAACCAAUUCACCCAUCAUCAGGACACGCCGCUUUGUGUAGCGUGCGUCGAAGAGCGUCUGGAAGUGGUGUCCCUGCUGCUCGCCCACCCUGCGAUCCAAGUGAACCUUCGCAUCCUCCGCUGGCACUUGCCGCUGGCCUAG